AUGUACGGCGUCAAAAUAAUGGCCGACGAGCUCCUGGCUGACUGCGCCGCCGCUUCCUACGACCUCAUCGUCCUCCCCGGUGGCGUUCCUGGCGCUGCAAAUCUUGGUGCUUGUGCGACGUUGGAGGGCAUGGUGAGGAAGCACGUGGAGAAGGGAGGACUCUACGCCGCCAUAUGCGCUGCACCGCCGCUGGCGUUGGCGUCCUGGUGUCUACUCGACGGACACAAGGCUACGGGUCAUCCAUGGUUCGUGGAGAAGUUCCCUCCCGAGGUGACCGCCGUGGACGCGAACGUGGUGGUGGACGGCAAUGCCGUGACGGGCACUGGGCCGGCAACGUCGAUGGAGUUUGUGCUGGCCUUGGUGGAGCAGCUCUAUGGGAAGGAGAAGGUCGAGCAGAUCGCUAAACCAAUGCUAGUGAGAUACGAAGGUGGCUACAGCAUGAACGAACUCAACUCGGUCCAGUGGCAUUGCAGCGGCACACCCAAGGUUCUUCUUCCACUAGGCAACGGCAUUGAGGAGAUGGAGGCGAUAAUAAUCGUCGACGCGCUGCGCAGAGCCAACGCGGACGUCGUCGUCGCGUCCGCCGAGGACGGUGUCGUGGUCACCGCGCGACACGGGACGAGGAUCGUGGCCGACGUGAUGCUGGACGAGGCCGCCGAUCGUGCGCCCUUCGAUCUGAUCAUCGUGCCGGGCGGCAUGCCGGGCGCGAAGACGCUGGGCGGCUGUGAGCAGCUCGUCGCUCUGCUGAAGAAGCAGGCGGAAGCGAACAGGCCGUACGGCGCGAUCGGCGCCGCCACCGCCCACGUGCUCGAGCCCCAUGGCCUGCUCAAGGGCAAGAAGGCGACGACGUGCGCAUCCAUGGCCGGGCUGCUCGCGGACGACAGCGAGUGCGAGAACAGGGUGGUGGUUGACGGGAACGUGAUCACGAGCAGGAGCCCCGGCACCGCCAUGGAGUACGCGGUGGCCGUCGUCGAGGAGGCGCGGCGACUGGCGGAAGGCCUGCUCUUCUUGGGCUGA